CACCCCCAAUAGCCCAUUGAGGAGGGGUGGGGUGAAGAGGCCACCUUGGGGGCUGUCAUGAGGGGAUAUAGGGUGUGUUAGAGUGCUCCUUGAGGCUGAAGGGGGAGAGAGAGAGAGAAAGACCACCUUCAGGGCUACUCUGAGGGGAAAUUGUGUGUGUGUGUGUGUGUGUGUGUGUGUGUGUGUGUGAAAGAAGAGACGCCCCUUGAAGUUGGGGGGUGUAUGAAGAGACCACCUUGAGGGCUGUUCUGAGGGGAGAUGGGGUGUGUGAAAAAUGAGACACCCCCCCAGGGCUCCCUGAGGCUAAGGAGGGGGAGGCCACCUUGAGAGCUAUUCUGAGAGGAGUGUGGUGUGUGUGAGUGUGUGUGUGUAUGUGUGUGAAAGACACGAGAUGCGCCCCCUGAAGUGGGAGAGGGGGGGGUUAAAGAGGCCAACAUGAAGGCUAUUCUGAAAGGAGUUUGGGGGGGUGAAAGAGGACCCCCCCUCCAAACCGCAAGGGAGGAGGGAAAGGCCACCUUUCAGGCUGUUCUGAAGGAAGAUGGGGUAAGAGAGAGAGAGAGAGAGAGAGAGAGAGCAGAUUCCCCCUCCCCAAUUCGUCCCCUGAGGUUGAUGGGGUGGGGAGAAGCCACCUUGAGGUCUGUUCUUGGAAUAUCCUGAAGGUUAGUGGUGAGGGGGGGAGAUGAGAGAGAGGAGAUGAUCCCCCUGCAAAUGGGGCAGGGGGCGUCCUCUGCUCUCCUUUCGCCCCUGGACGCGCUGCCUUAUUUGGGGCUGGGGGGCCAAAGGGGUGGGAGGGCUGAGGGCCGGCAGAGGCUGACUGGCAGGGGGUUAACCCCCUCCUGCUGCUCCCCUCCCCCUCCCUCCCCACCUCCAAAAGGGGAAUUUUCCAGCUGGUAAUUUCUGCUGCGUCAACACCCAGCUGGAGGGAGCGAAGAGGAGGGAGACAAGGGGGCAUUUUCAUAGCAGCGCCACUUCGCCAAAGAGGACCAACCACCCCGGCUGGGCUGGACUGAUAAAAGAGAUAUUUAAUUUUUUUAAAAAAAAAACUUUUUAAAAACUAAGCAUUUGUGCAAGUUGGACCAAGAGUUACUCAAGUGAGAGAAGGGGAGAGGAUAGAGCGACACCAAACUGCUUGGGAGAAAAGAAAAGAAAAAGGGAAUGAGAGUGUGCAGACGUGGGAGUGCAAAUACUUUUAAAUGAAUCAUCAGAAGGAAGACAUGGAGAUUGCCUCCCAUUAUCAUCAUCUGCUUCAGGAACUCAACGAACAAAGGCAGCAUGGUAUCCUCUGCGAUGUUUGUAUUAUAGUGGAAGGAAAGAUUUUCAAGGCUCAUAAAAAUAUUUUGCUUGGGAGUAGUCGUUACUUUAAGACAUUGUAUUGCCAGGUGCAGAAGACCUCUGACCAAGCCACAGUCACUCAUUUGGAUAUUGUAACAGCACAGGGCUUUAAAGCAAUCAUUGACUUCAUGUACUCGGCACACCUUGCAUUGACCAGCAGGAAUGUUAUUGAGGUGAUGUCAGCUGCCAGCUAUCUUCAAAUGACUGAGAUUGUGCAAGCUUGCCACAAUUUCAUAAAGGCUGCUCUUGACAUAAGCAUAAAGUCUGAUGCAUCGGAUGACCUUAUUGAUUAUGAGUUUGGGGCUUCCUCUAGCAACAGUACGGAUGCUCUGAUUUCUGCUGUCGUAGCUGGGAGGAGCAUCUCUCCCUGGCUGGCUCGAAGGACAAGUCCGGCAAACUCUUCUGGAGAUUCAGCUAUUGCUAGCUGUCACGAAGGAGGAAGCACCUGUGGCAAAGAGGAUCAGGAGCCAAAAUCAGAUAGUCACGAGGACAUUUCAUCCCAGUCUCUUUGGUCUACGGAUUUGGCCUAUGGGACUUUGCGUGUCAAAGAAGAACAGAUCUCUCCUGCUCAUUAUGGAGUGAAUGAAUUACAGUCUGCCAAAAACAGUGCAAUGCAAAAUGCUUUCUCAGAACAAGGAGCUACAGAUGGGUGGCAGCCUACAAGGCGUAGAAAGAAUAGAAAAAAUAAGGACACUGUGCGGCAUAUCACACAACAACUUGGAGAGGACAGCCGGACAACUUCACCAGUGCCACCCUUUCUGACUGCCCCUGGAUGGCCAUACAGUAAUCAAGAAGCAAGUGUGGAUUUGACAGGGGCAGAGCCCAACAAUUCUGACAACAGAAUAGAGAGAGUGGAUCUUUAUGCAAAGGUUGAUGAAGCACUCCUAGGAGGUGAUGUGAGUUAUCUCUCUCAGCCACUUACUCCAGAGAAAGAGGAUGCACUUCAGGCUCUAGCAGUUGCUAACUUGCGGGCAGCUCUUAUGAGCAAGAAUAGCUUAUUGUCCUUGAAAGCUGACAUGCUGGGAGAAGAAAGUUCUCUGCUCUUUGAAUAUUUACCCAGAGGCACACACUCAUUGUCUUUAAAUGAGUUCACAGUCAUCAGGAAGAAGUUCAAGUGUCCCUAUUGCAGCUUCUCAGCCAUGCACCAGUGCAUCUUGAAAAGGCAUAUGCGAUCCCACACAGGAGAACGACCCUACCCGUGUGAAAUUUGUGGGAAGAAAUUCACCCGACGGGAGCACAUGAAGCGGCACACUUUGGUUCACAGCAAAGACAAAAAAUACGUCUGCAAAGUCUGCAGCCGGGUGUUCAUGUCCGCCGCCAGCGUGGGCAUCAAGCACGGUUCCCGUCGCCACGGCGUGUGCACAGACUGUUCCGGUCACGGCAUGGCUGGCCGCUUGGAAGCCGGUGGGGGAGACGGGUCCCCGGAUGGAUUGUUCGGCCCCGAGGGCCCUUACGCUGAAGACCCCGACGACCUCAAGGCGGAAGGAGACGAGGAGGAGGAAGACGACCUGAAAUGGAAAGAGGAGAUGGAGAUUUCACAAGACGAGGCCAUCUUGGAGAACGACAAAGAUGGCGCUGACUCUGCCCCGGAGAACCCUGGGGAGGCCGAGAAGGAUUUCGCUUGGAUUUCUUAGGGAUUUUGGGGGGGGGGGGUGUUUCCUGCCGGUUUGGGGAUCGCACGGUGGAAAGAGCUGUAUCAGGAAAGCUGCAGCAGCCUCGCGAUUGUCCCCGUGUAUAGAAAUGUACUAUGUGUGAGGACCUUUUUUUUUGGGGGGGGGGGGUGUCAAAGAUAAAUUCUCUGUCGGAUUUUUGCAUCAAUAAGCAUUUUCCCUCGAUGCUGUCACUUCCUUCUCUUAAAUCCUUCCAACCGUUUUAAAAAUAGGAAAAGAAGAAAAUAAUAUAUAUAUAUAUAUAUAUAUUAUUUUUUCCACGGUCAAACUUAACACAGAGAGAAUAUGUGCUUCUCCAACGGUAAUUGUCAAAAAAUGUUUGAAAAUAACCACCCUCCCGCAGCAGGGGAACGUGGUAUCAAGGUUACCGGUGGUAAACAAAACAGUGGGAGCGCUUGAGAGCCCAGCCGGAGAGAACAAUAGGUCUGACCGCCUGCAGCAGCCUUCUCUAGAACUGUUGUCCUCUUUCCCUGAAGUGGGCUGAUCAAAGGAUUAAUUUAGCCCACUGGCAUUUGAAUAACCUCAGGUUGCCUCCAUUUAUAACUUGCUUGCUAAAUGAGGGCAGAGUGAGACACCCACGCCACAAACAUGCCCCCUUGUGGCUGAGUCUCAAAAGAAAAUUCCACUUUUCUGUCUUUGGAUGUGUCUCUUUCUCGCUCGUUCAGGGACAGAGGCGAUGUUGGAACCGAGCAUCGUGGCCGCGUGAGGAACCAAAAGGUUUUCUUGGCCAAGCUCCGUUAAGAAAUGGCUGGGUUGGGUUGUGGUUACUAAGCCACGCAUCGAGUCACUACGUCGGCUGGGCCGAUCUUUGCCGUUGGGUCCGAGGGGGGGGGGGGGCUGUACAGAUUGUCUGUGGCACAGUCCCCUCUCAAGGCAUGAGUUCUAAUCAAGACCACAUCAAUAUAGCAAGCAUCAUGAGCAGGAAAAUUCCACUUGGUUUCCCAGCCUGGAUAACAGAUGUCUUUGACCGCCCUAAGGAAAUCUCACAUAUUCCUCCAAAAGCAGGGGUGGGGGUUUGGGCAAACCGGUAGCUCCCACGAUAAGCUGGGAGCGAACUGGUUUGCUCCAAUGAUCGGUU